GCACAUCUCAACCUCUAUCCUCAGUAUGUUGCACUGCCGCUAUUCAAGUCACGCCCUUUAGACUAACUCGUAUCUGCAGCUUGACACAAGCGACCGACACCUCCAACAUUCGCCUGGUCUUCGCUGCGGUGAAAGAGACCAUCCUCCAGAACGCACUCAAGGAUUCGGGCAUCUUAUAAGGCCGACCACACACAUCCAUGCCUCUUUUCGCUCAACACACUCACCCACCUUCUGAUUCCUCCGCACCAUCCCGACACCCGGCAACACGCCGAAUAAUACCCUGUUUUUCUUUUACCAGCGACAAGGAGUUUUGGGAAGUGGGCGGCAGGAACAACACCGACGAGCUUUCUCAGCUACUGUGUGAGCACUAAUGCGUUUCUUCUUUUGGGCCGGGGGCGUGGUGGGCGGAGGAGGAGCCAGCACAGUUCUGGCCUUUUUGCUCCGGGUUGUAUCUGGAUUCGGUGGCUGUUUUGCAAAGCGUGCCUUUGACCUCUUCUGCGGUAUUCUGUCAGGAAUGCACACGGGGGUACGCGGGGAGGAAGGGAGGGGAGACUUGUUUCUGCUGGACGGGAUCUUGCUCUGGCCUUUAGACAGAGGGGACAUUCGGGAGUGCGGAAGGGGAAGUGAGAUAGGACUGAGGGGGAAUCGCAGACGUCUAGGGCUGCCGAUGUAUCAUGCUUCUUUCUGUGUGCUUUUUCCCUGCCAUGAGUGAACCAAUGUCUACCUUAUCUCAU